AGACUUCUGGUUCUGCCAAGGUGGAGGAGUCCUUUUCCUCCUAGGUCUUCCUUUACAACUAAAACACCUAAGACAUCACAGCAAACAAGUACAGGAACACUCUGAAAGGUGGAAAUUAGAAAGCAGACUGCCUACAGACUUUGGGAUUAAAGGAAUGACACAAGUAGUGAGUUCCCUGGGUGUUCUUAUUGCCUCCCAUAUAUCCUGGACAGGGUGUUUUAAAAGCCUCCAACCUGGAACCACCAACAGGCGCAGACAAAAAGGGUUCCAAGAAAAGCCUGUUCUCUUUAGCCAGAUGACUAAAGAAAGGGUGGGCUAACAACAGUAAACCUUUUUGACAAUACCCACCCUACUGUAGCCAAACACCAACAGAAGAACCCCACCCUGCUUCUAAGAAGCAAGUGGCAGUGCUUGUGGCUGGGCAGAUCAGGGACCUAAUCGCCCCUUCUCCCCUUCGCUGCCUAGCAAAAACAAACAGCACUUUGAUUCCCCCUGCUCGGUGGCUUUGGCAGGUUGUGCAGGGACCUGAUAUUCCCUCACCACCACACCUGUCCCACUCCCUACAGAAGGAGGUGGUGUUCUCACUAGGGUAGUGUCAGUGGGGUCCAGCAGCCAGUUGAGCCUCCACUCCAACCUGGAAGCAAUGAGGCAUAACAAGGUGGUGUGAGGUAGGACUAGUCCCCACUAAGCCUCCCCCCGCCCUGUGUCAGUGAGGUCCACCCUCACCCAGCAUCAACAAGGCAGAACAAGAUGGUUGGAGGUGGCCUGGUCAACGCUGCUUCCCCCCUCCGCUGAUGCAGUAGGGCCCAGAUGCCACCUCCAUCUGGCAUCUACAAGGUGGAACAGAGUGGUAGAUGGCAGGGCUGAUUGGCACCCCACUUCUCCCUCUCCCCUCUCCUGUUGUCAGCUGGGCCUUUCAGGGAGCUGAAGUCUACCUUGAACUCCGCUGAACUCUGCUGAACUCUGCUGAACUCCACUCUACCCUGCAGCAAUGAAGCAGUGUGAGUCAGCCCUCCACUUCCCCUCUUCCUAUUGUCAGUAGGGUCUGUCAGGGAGCUGAGCUUGCACCCCUGCUCAGAGGCAAUGAGGUGGUAUGGGUUGGUGCCCCACUUUCACUGGGAACAAGAGUGAAGCUGAACUUCCAUCCCACCCAUCUGCAAAAAAGCAAUGUGAGUCAUUGCUCCACUUUUGCCAGGGUGGUGUUGGCGGAGCCCAGCAGGAAGCUGAACAUACACACUCACCCUGCCCUCACACUACACCUCAACUGGUAGACUGCCUGCUAAAAAAGAUUAAAUAGGAUCCAGAGUCUUAAAAUCUCCAAAAUGUCCAUUAUACAGCUGAAGUUCACUUACACUAAGACCCAAGAAAAUUGCAUCAUGAAUGAGAAAAAAGGCACCAGAUACCAGCACGGAGAUGCUUCAUAUAUUGGAAUUGUCUGACAAGGAUUUUAAAACAGCCAUCAUAAAAAUACUUCAGUGAGCAACCACAAACACAUUUGAAACAAAUGAAAAAUUAGUCUCAGAAAAGAAAUAAAGUAGAAAAUGGACACUUUAGAACUGAAAAAUGCAAUAACUGAAAUAAACUUACUACAUGGGCUCAAUAGAAGAAUGGAGGGACUUCCCUGGCAGUCCAGUGGUUAAGACUCUGUGCUUCCACUGCAGGGGGUGCGAGUUCGAUCCCUGGUCAGGGAACUAAGAUCCCACAUGUGGUGCAGCCAAAAAAAAAAAAAAAAAAAAAAGGAGGUGACUGGAAAGAGUCAAUAAAAUUGAAGAUAGAGCAAUAGAAAUUACUCAAUCUGAAUAGCAGAGUAAAAAUAAACUGAAAAAUAAAUGGAGUGUCUCAGGGGCCUGGGAACAUUAACAGAAGAUUUAAUAUUCAUGUCACCACAGUUUCAGAAGCAGAGAAAAAAGGUGGACUUGAAGAAAUAAUGCCUGAAAUUUCCCCAGUUUGGCAAAAGAUGUAAGCCUACAGAUUCAAGAAGCUGAUUGAACUCCAAAUAAGAAUGGACAGCAAAUUAUGGAUGAACCUAUGGGAGAGGAGGAGAUUAAUCCACAAACUGAAGAAGGCAGUAUCAAAGAAAUUGCAAUCACACAUCAUGUAAAGGAAGGACAUGAAAAGGCAGAUCCUUCCCAGUUUGAACUUUUAAAAGUACUAGGGCAGGGAUCAUUUGGAAAGGUUUUCUUAGUCAAAAAAAUCUCAGGCUCUGAUGCUAGACAGCUUUACGCCAUGAAAGUAUUGAAGAAGGCCACAUUGAAAGUUCGAGACCGUGUUCGGACAAAAAUGGAGCGUGAUAUCUUGGUAGAAGUUAACCAUCCUUUUAUUGUCAAGUUGCAUUAUGCUUUUCAAACUGAAGGGAAGUUGUAUCUUAUAUUGGACUUUCUCAGGGGAGGAGAUUUGUUUACACGCUUAUCCAAAGAGGUCAUGUUCACAGAAGAAGAUGUCAAAUUCUACUUGGCUGAACUUGCGCUUGCUUUAGACCAUCUACAUAGCCUGGGAAUAAUCUAUAGAGACUUAAAACCAGAAAACAUACUUCUUGAUGAAGAAGGUCACAUCAAGUUAACAGAUUUUGGCCUAAGUAAAGAGUCUAUUGACCAUGAAAAGAAAGCGUAUUCUUUUUGUGGAACUGUGGAAUACAUGGCUCCAGAAGUAGUUAAUCGUCGAGGUCAUACUCAGAGUGCGGACUGGUGGUCUUUCGGUGUGUUAAUGUUUGAGAUGCUCACUGGUACACUACCUUUCCAAGGAAAAGAUCGAAAAGAAACAAUGACUAUGAUUCUUAAAGCCAAACUUGGGAUGCCACAGUUUUUGAGUCCUGAAGCCCAGAGUCUUUUACGAAUGCUUUUCAAACGAAAUCCUGCAAACAGAUUAGGCGCAGGACCAGAUGGAGUUGAAGAAAUUAAAAGACAUUCAUUUUUCUCAACAAUAGACUGGAAUAAACUGUAUAGAAGAGAAAUUCAUCCACCUUUUAAACCUGCAACUGGCAGGCCUGAAGAUACUUUCUAUUUUGAUCCUGAGUUUACUGCGAAAACUCCCAAAGAUUCACCUGGCAUUCCACCUAGUGCUAAUGCACAUCAGCUUUUUCGGGGGUUUAGUUUUGUUGCUAUUACCUCAGAUGAUGAAAGCCAAGCUAUGCAGACAGUUGGUGUGCACUCAAUUGUUCAGCAGUUACACAGGAACAGUAUUCAGUUUACUGAUGGAUAUGAAGUAAAAGAAGAUAUUGGGGUUGGCUCCUACUCCGUUUGCAAGAGAUGUAUACAUAAAGCCACAAACAUGGAGUUUGCAGUGAAGAUUAUUGAUAAAAGCAAGAGAGACCCUACAGAAGAAAUUGAAAUUCUUCUUCGUUAUGGACAACAUCCAAACAUUAUUACUCUAAAGGAUGUAUAUGAUGAUGGAAAAUAUGUGUAUGUAGUGACAGAACUUAUGAAAGGGGGUGAAUUGCUGGAUAAAAUACUUAGACAGAAAUUUUUCUCUGAACGAGAGGCCAGUGCUGUCCUGUUUACUAUAACCAAAACUGUUGAAUAUCUUCACGCACAAGGGGUGGUUCACAGAGACUUGAAACCUAGCAACAUUCUUUAUGUGGAUGAAUCUGGCAAUCCAGAAUCUAUUCGAAUUUGUGAUUUUGGCUUUGCCAAACAGCUAAGAGCAGAAAAUGGUCUUCUCAUGACUCCUUGUUAUACUGCAAAUUUUGUUGCACCAGAGGUUUUAAAACGACAAGGCUAUGAUGCGGCUUGUGAUAUAUGGAGUCUUGGUGUCCUCCUCUAUACAAUGCUCACUGGUUACACUCCAUUUGCAAAUGGCCCUGAUGAUACACCAGAGGAAAUAUUGGCACGGAUAGGAAGUGGAAAAUUCUCACUAAGUGGUGGCUACUGGAAUUCUGUUUCAGACACAGCAAAGGACCUGGUGUCAAAGAUGCUUCAUGUGGACCCUCAUCAGAGACUGACUGCUGCCCUUGUGCUCAGACAUCCUUGGAUCGUCCACUGGGACCAACUGCCGCAAUACCAACUAAACAGACAGGACGCACCGCAUCUAGUCAAGAUUGCUUACAUUUUGCUGGUCUCCCCAAGUGACCAUUGGUGGAGACCAGUUAAUGAAGGAAUGAAACUCGCUUUCUUGGGAGUGUGGUAUUCUGCAGAGCCACGCUUAACCACUUUUUCUAGUGAAGAAUCUACAGAAUGAUAAUAACUAAAUAUGGAUGGCCAAGAAGAAUUUGUAUCUACAGUGCGCUUUAUGUAUUUUUGACACUGCUGUAUUCUGUGUGAUCGAGUGACUUGUAACUGGUUCCAAUGCGACUGUUUGCAAAGAAUUCUAGUAACUAAGUCGACUUAAUUUUCUUAAGCCUUGUAUUACUAUCAGUCUCACAUUUACCACUUUGAUUCCAGUCUUUUAACUGUUCAUACCAGGGCAUACCAAGGGUUGGGAUGAGAGCCUACUUCCUACCUCUUAAGGCACUUUCCUCAUUAUUUUGCCAUAUAACCUUGAAGUGCAUGAUAAGCUGUUUAAAUGUCCAUGACUUCUCCCAGAGCAACUAGCAAAGUAUAUGACAUUGAAUAGAGAUUAGUGGAAAGGAAAAUUUAGAGACUAAGUUCAGAGGUGCAAACCUCAAGAAAACCUCUUUAGAGCACAUACCAUUUGAGUACAAUGUAUGUAAACGUAUGUGAGAAGAGAGUCGCUAUAAUAGUCCUCUCUGAGUAGAUUAGUUCAAUAUCUAAUGGAAGUGAAAAUCUUUACUCCUAUUAUCACUAUAGUACUGAGUGAACUGUAUACUGAGUUUUCCAAACAAGUACUUAAAAUAGAACUUAAAUACAAAGCAAGGGCAUAAGGAUAAAGGUUUUGGUUUGCGUUUCUCUAAGUGUAGUUUACCAUCUAAGGCUUUGUUUUUUAAUUUUUAAAAAAAGCUUCAAGGUAUUGCCAUUCCUUAGCAUCCUUAAUGAUUAUGGGUGAUGAGUUUUUAACUCUUAAAAUUACAUACCUGUAUUAUGUUUAUCUUAACUCUUACCCUAAGCAAAAGGGAAGGUAUACACCUAAGGGAUGUAAUUAUUUUGCAUUUUUGGCCAUGGGUGGGAAAGGGAUGGGUAUCUACUUAAACAGUUUUUAAAAAAGAAAAAAAUCACAAAUAUUUUUCUACUAUUAUAUAUGAUUUUACUUUAUACUAGUUUCUCUCUAGUAAGGCAUGCCAGAAGCCCAAGGCACCAUAUCAUGAGUUCAUAUGUAUUGUACCUUUUAUUGGUGGUUAAAUCGCAUCAGAUGCUUGGCCCUGCUGCCAUAAUUACGAAAUGCUUGUAAAGGAUUAAAUAUCACUGAAUACUUUAAAUUGUUUUACUUAAGAGUCUAAUCUGGGAAGUUUUCAAAUCAUACUAUUAAUGUGUAAUCAAAGCUCUUUCAGAUGUAUCCAUGAAUAAUCCUGGAACAAUAUUGCUUGUAUUCCUGUCACAGAACAGGUUUUGUAAUCUUUAAAAGAAAUGAAAAUUUAUAUAAUAAAGUUUUAAAUAAAUUCA